CCUUCCCCCAUUGGCGCCUCCACUUGUGCCGCCCUCUUCUCCUCCUCGGCGCCCUACUUCACGAAGGCGCCUCCUCCCUUCACCCCGGCGCUUCGCACCGCCUCACUCUGUUUGUUUGGCGGACGCCUCCUCCACAUCAAGAUCCUCGCUCCAUCUGCCUCGUGCCACCCUCUUCUCCCCUCUUCGGCGCCCCGUCAAUCGAAGGCGCCUCUUCCCUUCCCGCCGGCGCCCCGCAACGCCUCACCUCGUUCGUUUGGAAGGCGCCUCUCCCCCUUCAUCCGCGUCGAUCGGGUUAGCUACCUUCCUCCUCCGCUCGCUUCAGUAGGCGCCUCUUCCCCUCUUCGCGACGCCCUGAUCGCCCCGUCUGUCCUGUUGGUCGCCAUUCUUCUUUUAGGCGCCGACCUAGUUUCCGAGGCGCCACCCUUCGCUCCGACUUCUUCGUUUAGGAGCAGUUCUCUCGUUGAAAAAGGAAUGUUAGUUGAUUGGGCAGUGUAUAGAAAAGCUAAGUGGCGGCUUGCCGAGGCAAUUGAUGAUGCUGAGGAUGAUAAGUCAGGAACACAGGCAGAGUUGCUUUCUGAGGGCGACAUGUCAAGCGUAGAGCUUGAGCCCGCCACGGGCAAUUUUAGGGCCACUGAUGAUUUGGAUUACUGCCUACUGCUGUGGCGAGAGAAGCCUGAGCGUGAACAGAAGCAUCACAUUCUUCGAGCGCCCCCUGUGGAUCUUAAGAGGAAAGGGGAAAGGGCGCCGCGUUGGGAGAGCUCUACGAUCAUGGUGAAGAUGACGAAGAAGGCGUCGGGCACUUCCGGAGUUGGAUCGCGGAAUGCGCCUAGCGCCUCUGCCGGGCGAGUGCCUUCCCCGCCGGACCGGGCGCUCACUGCCCCUGAGGAUGCAUCUUCUCCCCAGUUGUUCCUUCCUCUGAAUCCGCGCGAUCCCCUCCCUGAGAAAGCUUCGGGAAAGCGCCCUGCUUCUGCCGGCUCUCCUGCUGAUGUGCCCAAGAAGAAGAAGAAACCUGCUCUCGGAGGUAUUGACGAGAUCCUGGCGCCUCCCCGCUCUCGGCGCGCCGUGAAGCCCAAGGAACUUGUCCCGAUUUCUCCUUCUGCUGCUCUCAACGCUCCCAGCGCCUUCACUUCUGCCGUAGAGUUGAAGAAUUUUUUGAAGCUCCCCCUCGACGAGGGUACCUCUCCGGCAGGUUCUGCGUGCCAGCAUCUGUUCCAGGCGAUGCUUGAUGUGAUUGCACUCUCCGACAAGGGUACGGAGAAUCGGGAGCGCGCCCACAAGAAUUACUUAUUGGCUUCUCAGUUGAAGACCGAUAAGACAACUCUGCAAGAUGUCAACUCUCGCUUGGGGGAGGAGUUGGCGUUGGUGAAGCAACAGCUUUCCGACGCCUUGGCUGCUGAUAGUGUUUCUGCUCGUGAAGAGAAAGAGAAGGAGUUGGCACUUCGGGCGAAGCGAAUCGAUGAUUUGGAGAAGGAGUUGCAGACUAUGUCCGCAGCUAGGGGGCGCCAGAGGAGUUCAAGAAAAAGUUGGCCAAGGAGCGUGAUGACGCUGUGGAUGCCCAUUUGUCGUCAGCAGAGUUCCGCGAUUGGCAGCGAGAUCUUCUGAUUGGAGUGAAGAAGAGGGCCUUCAUUGGCAUUCGUAAAAAGGUUCGCUCUGAUAACCCCGACAUGAAGUGGGACACCCCGGAGGUUUGGCAGGCUAUGGAUGACUACUUCUUGUCUCUUGGUACGGAUAACGAGCCUUCCGACUCGGACCCGUUUCCAUUGGAUGAGGGUGGCUCUUCUGCUGAUGACGUCGAGGGAGCUGGAGAUGAGGAAGUGGGCGACAAUGUCAAUUUU